AUGGAUAUCAAGGAGGGGGACGUGGUGGGCAGGGGGACCUCUGCCAGUGGGGUCGUGGUGCAGGUCAGAGAGAAGAAGGGGCCCCUGAGAGCGGCUAUCCCCUACAUGCCAUUCCCUGUGGCUGUGAUCUGCCUGUUCCUCAAUACGUUUGUGCCAGGGCUGG